AACCAGAGAUGUCAGCGACUUGGGAGAAAGGGUUGAAAAAAGUUUUCAAGCCCACCAGAGUUACAACAAAGAGAAUUAUUAGCAAACUAGAGAGACUUGAAGCUGAUCUAGCAAGAGCACGGGCUUCCAUUAAAGAAGCUGCUGCUCAAAGCCGAAGCCUCAACUCAACUGAUCAUCCAGACUCAGAUUACAUCCCACGAGGCCCAAUCUAUAGGAACCCUCAUGCUUUUCACAGGAGCUAUCUAGAAAUGGAGAAAGUAUUUAAGAUAUUUGUGUACGAAGAAGGAGAACCGCCCAUAUUUCAUGAUGGACCUUGCAAGAGCAUAUACUCCACAGAAGGACGAUUCAUUCACGAGAUGGAGAAGAAGAAUGAGAACCCUUAUCUUACCAGUGACCCUAACAAAGCUCAUGUCUACUUCCUCCCAUUUAGUGUUGUGAAUAUGGUUGAGUUUCUGUUCGUGCCUGGUUCUCAUGAGAUCCACUCUAUAGGACGCACUGUCAUGGACUACAUUGGCGUUAUUGCUUCCAAGUAUCCUUACUGGAAUCAAAGCCUUGGAGCUGAUCAUUUCAUGCUUUCUUGCCAUGAUUGGGGGCCACGUACAUCUACAUACGUUCCUCAACUGUUCAGCAACUCCAUACGAGUUCUGUGCAAUGCUAACACCUCGGAAGGAUUCAAUCCUUCUAAAGACGCAUCCUUCCCAGAAAUUAACCUCAGGACUGGUGAGAUCACAGGUCUGAUUGGCGGUCCUUCUCCUUCUCGCCGAUCCAUUCUUGCAUUCUUUGCUGGCCGUUUGCAUGGCCACAUAAGGUUGUUGCUUCUAAAGCAGUGGAAAGAUAAAGACAGAGAUGUGCAGGUCUAUGAUCACCUACCAGAUGGGGUAUCUUACAGAGAAAUGUUGAAGAAGAGCAGGUUUUGUCUAUGCCCAAGUGGGUAUGAGGUUGCAAGCCCAAGAAUCGUUGAAGCCAUCUAUGCCGAAUGUGUUCCAGUGUUAAUUUCCGACCAUUACAUAACCCCUUUCAGUGAUGUUCUCAAUUGGAACUCUUUCUCUGUUCAAAUACCAGUAAGGGACAUCCCCAACAUAAAGAACAUUUUGAUGCGUAUUUCACAGACACAGUAUAUAAGAAUGCAGAGGAGAGUAAAGCAAGUGCAGAGACAUUUUGUGGUGAAUGCACCGCCAAAGAGGUUUGAUGUCUUCCACAUGAUCACUCACUCCAUUUGGCUCAGAAGAUUAAACAUUCGGAUUCAUGAGUCCUGACAUUUUGAGGAGAAACAGACAUGGCUUCUUAUUUCUUAAGUUCAGGAGAAACAGGGAAAUCUAAUACAAAUACUCAGGUGCCAGGGCAAAAAGAUUAUUUAACUGGAUUUGGCAGUAACUAGCUUAGCUACAGAGAUAGCCCACAUGAGGGAAGUUGAGGAUGAAGAGAUUGAACUUCUUAAUACUGUGAAAGAAGUGUUGGCUCAUCUUGGUUGCAUCGAUUCCAUGCAAGACCAAGCAAUCCAUCUACUCUAGCUCUCUCACAUUCCCUGCUCCAU